AGAUAAAUUUUAUUUCACAUAAAAAUGGAAGGUGGAAGUCGAGGUGGAAGUGUACCAUUAUUGUUAUUGUUCCUGCUCUCUUUCUCUUGUCUCUGCUCUUGUACUCCAGUCUGGGAUGACAAUGGCUACCUUGUAUUUUGUCCAUGCAUGGGUAGGUUUGGUAACCAAGCUGCUCAUUACUUAGGAGCAAUGGCUUUUGCUAAAGAUAUCAACAGGACACUAGUACUCCCGCCAUGGAGAACAUAUGUACGUCAGAGAAAUGUUCCAUUUGAAGAGUGGUUCAGACCAGAAGCAGUGACACUGUACCAUAGAGCUAUCACAAUGGCUGAAUUUAUGACUCACUUUGGAGAUAAAUGGACGGAAAGAAUUGGCUAUUGUUAUAAGCCGUACAAUCCUGACGCGGCAAAGGACUGUCAAAUGAAAAAUGGGAAUCCUUUUGGACCUUUUUGGAAUGAACUCGGAGUCAAUUUUACAAAGUCAGAAAUUAUAACACUAUCGUAUGAUACAUCACAUCCUCAGAUUAAACAACAAUGGCUUGAGAGGUAUCCAAGCAGUGAGCAUCCAGUCAUAGCAAUGAAAGGAGCUCCUGCUUCAUUUCCAAUGAAGAAACACCACAGGAGAUUACAGAGGUACCUUGUAUGGAGUGAGUACAUAGCUAGCAGAGGAAACGAGUUUAUUAACAACACCAUGAAGAAUUCAAAAUACAUUGGGAUACACUUAAGAAUGGGAUCAGACUGGCAAAUUGCUUGCUCACGUGGUAAAGGUGUUCGAUCAUUCUUUGAAUCGCUACAGUGUUUGGAAGAAGAGCCAGAAGAAGUGACUGUUGAUGACAGUAUAUGCAUACCAAAGAUGGAGGAUAUCAUAGCUGACAUUAAAUAUGUACUAAGUAUAACUACUGAUGUAAAAUCUAUUUAUAUAGCAACUGAUGUCCAACAUAGUAAUAUACUAAAGGACUUUAAUACUCAAUUAGGUCAAGGGGUUAAAAUAUAUUCAUUGAAUCAAGAUCUGCCUCAGUUGGACUUAUAUCUAUUAGGAAGGAGUGAUUAUUUCAUUGGUAACUGUGUGUCAUCAUUCACUGCCUUUGUUAAGAGAGAGAGGGACGUUGCUGGACUCCACAGCAGCUUUUGGGGACGCAUAAGAACACAAUUAAAGGAUGAACUAUGACCAUUAAUUUUGCAUUGUUUUUAGCAAUAAUUAUUUUUAUUUUACCACC